AUGCACAAAAUGCAACUCUUGUCUUGCAUUGCCUUCACUCUUGUCCUCGUCACAAACAGUGCACCUACUUCGAGCUCUACCGUGGAUACAAAGGAACCACUGGAGCACUUACUGCUGGAUUUACAGAAGAUUUUGAAUGGAAUUAAUAAUUACAAGAACCCAAAGAUGCUCUCCAGGAUGCUCACAUUUAAAUUUUAUACACCCAGAAAGGCCACAGAAUUGAAACAUCUUCAGUGUCUAGAAGAAGAACUCAAACCUCUGGAGAAAGUGCUAAAUUUAGCUCAAAGCAAAAACUUUCACUUAAAAGAUACCAGGCAAUUAAUCAGCAACAUCAAUGUAACAGUUCUGGAAUUGAAGGGCUCUGAAACAUCCGUGUGUGAAUAUGAAGACAGGGUAGCAACUAUCGUGGAAUUUCUGAAUAUGUGGAUUACCUUCUGUCAAAGCAUCAUUUCAACACUGAGUUGAAUUAAGUGCCUCCCAUUUAAAAUGUA